AUGGAGGUCGCGAACCAGCAGGGUUCCUCGCAGAAGGCCGCUGCGGGCAGCGGUGCUGUUCCGCGGGCGUGGGACUGCGACAACAGGUGUGCGAUCGCGGCAGAGAAGGAGGCGGAGAUCUUCGAGGAGGUCGCGGACAUGACUCACCCGUUCGAAGGCAUCCCGACGGUCGGCAUGCGCAAGGACAUGGACAGGAUGGCCUUCUUCUGCAACGGCUGCCGCUACCUCGUCACGGCGUACCCCGACUGGACGGCGGCGCGCGUCAAAGAGGCACUGAUGGAGGGCGGCAUCGAGCGCGCCAACCCGCCCCCCGCCCGGCGCCACACGCCCGGGAUCCGCACGUGGGAGGACCUCGAGCUCAUCUACGCGGGCCAGAUCAUGGACAACGACCGCAAGCUCAGCGAGUACCGCGUCCCGCCCGGGUGCCGCUGCCUCAUCGCCAUUGAGGGCGCCAAGCUGCGCUCCGGCAAACCCGACAUGGACUCCGCGUACUGGCUGUGA